AUGAUUUCUGGAGAUGGAGAGUGUCUGUUCUGUCCUUGGUUUGGAAGCAAAGGUCAGAUGGGACCCCCCGGCAGAGGCUCCUUCCUUGGGGAGCUCCCUCCUGCAAAGGGAAACAGAGGUCCAGCCUUAGGUGUGGUAGGCGAGAGUCAAAAUACAAAGCUGCUGGGAGCCUGCAUUUUGUGCAGAUGGUCUGAGAGACUGCAGGAGGAAGCAAUGGGCCAGGCAGGCCUCAGAGAGAGGGAGAAAUUUCCAGGGAGUCAAAGGGAUCAGGGUGCUGCCACUAAGGAAUUCCCUGAGCUAAAUGAAAAAAAAGCAGAAACCAUAGCCUGUCUGCAAAGACAAAGUAGCAUGCACUUAAUUCAGGUGGAUUCCGUUCAGCGAUGGAUGGAAGAUUUGAAGUUGAUGACAGACUGUGAAUGCAUGUGUAUUCUCCAGUCCAAGCCAAUUAGCAUUGAGAAGGAUGAACAAAAUGAACUUAUUCUUUCCUCACAAUAUAGCACAUGUGAUAACUUACAGCUGCUAUUGAAAAGAGCUUGGAUCAUAAGCACGGAGUUGACCAGGAUUGCUCAAAAGCUGGAGAAGAAUAGAUGGCAGAGAGUCCACAGCAUGACAGUAAGAGUCAACUGCCACGUACGUUCCAUGAUAAAUGAAUACAAUACGUUCACCAGAAAUUCUUCAGAAGAAAUGCACCAGUUUGAAAAACUUUUAAUAGACAAGUGUUCAGAAUUUACAGCAUUCACAGAAAGGUGCAUACAAACUGAGGAUGAACAGAUACUGAAGGCCAUGAAAUCUUGUAUUAAUGAAACACUCACUACAGUUGCUCAGUAUUUUGGCCAGUUAAUAGAGCUGGUUUUAACACAAGAGGCACAGAACCUGCUGAGACAAAUAGAAUUGUCGGAUAAUGUGUACAUGACUGAGACAGCGAUUAGUAGUUUAUUCAGCCUUACCCAGGAAGGUGCUCAUCUGUGCCGUAUCAUAGCUAAG